AUGGGCAACUGUCACGUCCAGCGCUACUGGAGAAGCCAUUUACGUUGGACGAGGAUCGAGGUAAAGCUGGUGCUGCAGCGGCGGCUGGUCGUGCUGCGGCGGCUGGUGGUGGUGGUGCGGCGGCUGGUCGUGCUGCGGCGGCUGGUGGUGGUGGUGCGGCGGCUGGUGCUGGUGUGGCGGCGGCUGGUGCUGGUGUGGCGGCGGCUGGUGCUGGUGUGGCGGCGGCUGGUGCUGGUGCAGCGGCGGCUGGUGGUGGUGCUGCUGGUGCUGGUGGUGGUGCUGCUGCUGGUGGUGGUGCUGCUGGUGGUGGUGGUGCUGCUGGUGGUGGUGCUGCUGGUGGUGGCCGCUGCCCCGGGGCACAGCCGCGGCCGCCAUCGCCAAAGCCACCGCCAAAGCCCCAAGCCCCCAUGGCGCCCGCCGGCUGCCCAUUUUGCCCCGCCGUAUAGCCCGGUGGCGGGCUGGCGGCGGCGGCGGACCUUGUCGCCGUCGGCCCAGGACGGUGAAGGGACGCAGCAGGAGCGCAGCAGGUGCGCGGCCGUGGACCCACACGUGACUUGGCAGAACGUGGUGCUGUGA